UGGGGCCAUGAGGCAUCCUGUUCAUGUCCUCUAUGCUUAGGUGAAGGGGGUAUUAGACACCAGUAAUGCCGACCGGUUAGAGUGCGCUGCUGUCCGCUGUGUAGUUUUCGGGGCGAUGGAGACGGGGAUCACCAAGAAGGUGGCCAACCGGUGGAACAGGAGACAGAGUCUCUUCCCCAACUAUAAAGUCACCGAUUCCGAUAUUAAUCGAAGACCUUCUGAGGUGGUUUAUCCACUGGCCAAGGAAAGCUGUGUGAAGACAUGGAACUCCAUGCAGGAGCUGAGCAGGGACAUCUACGACAUUUACGCCGAGUAUGAGGAUGAAGAAGAUGACAAUGUUCCGUACGGCUUCUCUAAGCAGGUUUCUCUCGCCAAGAACUACAUGAUCAACAUCAAUGUAGGUGGGAAGCCCUACCAGAUAGCCUACAAGAUGGCUGCCAAGUACCCCAAGACCAGAAUAGGACGACUGGCCACCUACACAGACCACAACAUGAAGCUGGACCUGUGUGACGACUACAUAGUGACCAACAAUGAGUUCUUCUUUGACAGGGACCCCGACGUCUUCCACAGCAUCUUCAACUUCUACAGGACUGGCGUGCUCUGGAUCAAGGAUGAGUUGUGCCCCCGCAACUUCCUGGAGGAGAUCAACUACUGGGGCGUGAGGAUCAAGAACACCCACCGCUGCUGCCGCAUCUCCUUCGAGGAGAGGCAGGACGAACUGAACGAGCAGCUGAAAAUCCAGAGGGAGCUGGAAGCUGAGGUAGAGAUCGAGGAGAAUGAGGAGCUCUUUCAUGACAUGUUUUUGGGCCACAAGCGCAGAGCUAUCUGGAACCUGAUGGAGAAGCCCUUUUCAUCCGUCCAGGCCAAGUUGAUGGCUGUGGCCUCCAGUCUGUUUGUCCUCAUCUCCCUGGUGGCCAUGACUCUCAACACAGUGGAGGAGAUGCAAUACAGAACUCAUGCCGGUCAGCUCAGUGGCAAGACGUACUGGGAAUAUGUGGAGUCCAUGUGCAUCGCCUUCUUCACCAUGGAGUACCUGCUGCGUCUGAUAUCCACGCCUGACCUCAGAUCGUUCAGCCGGAGCGUACUCAACACCGUGGACUUAAUCGCCAUCCUGCCUCAGUACGUGCAGGGCGUCCUGGAGGUCUUCGACAACGAGGAAAACUACAUGAAACACGAGGCCGACAUGCAAGCGGUGGGGCAGGUUGGAAAGCUGGGGCAAGUGUUGAGGAUCAUGAGACUGAUGCGAAUCUUCCGUAUCUUGAAGCUGGCGCGUCACUCCACAGGUCUGCGGGCGUUCGGCUUCACCCUUCGUCAGUGCUACCAGCAAGUGGGCUGCCUCUUCCUCUUCAUCGCCAUGGGCAUCUUCACCUUCUCCGCUAUGGUUUAUACCGUGGAGCAUGAUAUGCCGCGCACGAACUUCACCAGUAUUCCCGCCGCAUGGUGGUGGGCAGCUGUCAGCAUCUCCACCGUGGGCUACGGAGACGUCUACCCAGAGACCAUACUGGGCCGCAUGUUCGCUUUCAUCUGCAUCGCUUUUGGUAUUAUCCUCAACGGUCUGCCCAUAUCCAUCCUCUUCAACAAGUUCUCCGACUAUUACUCUAAACUCAAGUCCAACGAGUACACGGCCUCCCUGAAGAAUCGAGGGAAGGUGAGGUUUGCCAAGAGGACAGCGAAAAGGCUCAGCCACUGCUUUGGAAGCCCACCAUGUCACCCACACAUUUAAUUUUUUUAUACAUAAGAAUAUAACAAGCUGUGCAAAAUGCAUGUGAUGGGGACAAAUAGGCUGAACAAAAGAGAGAAAUCAUACAAGCAGAUGUCUCUCUACAGCCCCAUAGUACUGGCAAGGACCAAAGAGCACUGAGUGGAUUCAGUGGAGAACACAUGGGGGAGAAAAUUAACUACACGGUGACUGUAAAACAUGUUCACCGUGAUGGAUGAUGGAUGAAUGACCUUUUUAUUUAUGUGACUGAAGAAUGGCCAAAGGUGCAUCUACUAAAUAUUAAUUUGAAGGAGGGGAAUACUUAUGCAAUCACUUAUUUUACUUCAUAUACGUUUUAUUAUUAUUUCUGAAAGCAAUAAAAUGGGAAAACAACCAAGUGGGUGAAUACUGUUAUGGGCACUGUAUUUCCUUUUGUAUAUACAGAAAGUCAUAUUUUUGCUACUAAAUAGUCAAGCAUCACACCUUAUACAGUAUAUAAGUAUGGCAGAGACUGAAACUAUGCAUUUUCUUUUAAUCGUAUAACCCAAUAAAACAGGAAAUACAAGAAACAUAUCCUCAGGGUUACCUUGUUAUUGGCAUAUCUUUUUAUAUAUUUCACAGUGAAUUAUGAGUCCUCCAGAUUCACAAUGGUAGUGUACUUAAAAAAACAGGUCAAAGUUUGAGAACAACGUGUGAAAAAUAAUGACAUGACACUUGAACGGUAUUAAUAUUCGAUAGCUGCGUAAAAAUGCCAUCACUGUGUGUAAAAUGUCUGUGUCUUCAGUGAAGUUUGAACAAUAUAAAGGAACUACACACUUACAUACUAAGAAAAUGUUGGAGAUGUGUUUUUGUAACGUAAAUAUGUGAUUAUUUACCUGUGUUUUCAGAGUACCCUUUUUGAUUUUGAUUCCCAAAAUGAAAACAUCUAAUACGUAUUAUCAAAUCUCCUGUUUGGAUGAGGAGAGCAUUCAUGCUUUAAUAACAAUUAAGAAUAAAUCAGACAGACCAUGUUUCUUGUUGCUUGUUGUUUCUUCUUAUUGCAGAUGAAAUGUGUUAAGUCAGUGUUCACUCUGGACGCGUCUAAAGUUGGGUAAACCUCCAAAUGCUGUUGUUGCUUUUCAUGUGUACAGGGUAUUCAGUAAUUUUGCCCACAGGUGUGAUUUAUUUCCAAUGCUUGCAGCUAAACCAUAUAACACAGUUAUUGCACUCGGUUUUCAAUAAACUCUGUUCUGCUCAUAAGAGUAAGUGUCUUCACUGACUACAUACAGUUUGUAGACAUCAGACCUGGCCAUGGUGCUGCAGUCUCUUCAAGACUGGCAUUUACUGCAAAGUCAUUUUUUAAGAGAACCACUCAUUAUUAUUAUAAUAAUAAUAGAAAACAACCUCAGGUGAGACAUGUAAUCAACAUAUGUGUGACUGCCAAAAAAUCCUUUAGAUGCUGUGCAUGUUAAAUGUGGUUAGAUUUACCAUUUCAUCAUGAUGCAGAAGAGUAAGGAUUAAAGGAAAAUCACCAUGGUCUCAGAAAUGGAAUACAGCUAAGGUAAGCUGUUGUUGGUCUCUAUUCGGUUUAGUGGUUACUUGUUACGGACUUCUGAGCAAGAUGCCCCA